AUGGCCGAUUACCUCCUGUUCGAGAGCCCUGUGGGCUACUCGCUUUUCAAGGUCGCCCUCCAGGGCGACGCUGUGGGCAACCGUCUGAAGGAAGUCCAGGAAGGUGUUAACGACCUCGCCAAGUUUGGCAAGAUGGUUGAUCUGACCAGUUUCCUGCCCUUUGAAAACAACAAGCAGGCCCUUGGUGAAAUUAACGAUGUCUCUGAGGGUGUUGCCUCCGAGACUCUAGUUUCUUUCCUUGAACUGAAUCUCCCCAAGCCGAGCAAGAAGAAGAAGGUCGUUCUGGGUCUGUUGGACAAGGGUCUUGCUGGAAGCAUCAAGUCCGCCUUCCCCUUCGUGGACUGCGAGACCGGUGACACCAGCGAGGUUGUCCAGGAUCUUCUCCGUGGUCUUCGUCUGCAUUUCACCAAGCUGCUGAGCCAGCUCCGCGAGGGUGACUUGGACACUGCCCAGCUCGGUCUCGGUCACGCCUACUCCCGUGCUAAGGUCAAGUUCUCCGUCACUCGUGACGACAACCAUAUCAUCCAGGCAAUUGCCAUCCUUGAUCAGCUUGACAAGGCUAUUAACACUUUCUCCAUGCGUGUUCGCGAAUGGUACUCGUGGCACUUCCCCGAGCUGUACAAGGUUGUCUCCGAGAACCAGCGCUACGCUGAGGUGGCCCUCUUUGUCCAGGAUAAGAAGACCCUGAAUGAUGACAAGCUCCACGACUUGGCAGCCCUCGUUGAGGAUGACAAGGGUGUUGCUCAGAACAUCAUUGAUGCUGCUAAGCACUCCAUGGGUCAGGAGAUCUCUGAGACCGACAUGGAGAACGUCAUUGCUUUCGCCGAGCGCGUCGUCAGCUUGUCUAAGUACCGCAAGUCGCUUUACCAAUACCUCGUCUCCAAGAUGAGUGUUGUCGCUCCUAACCUUGCCGCUUUGAUCGGUGAAGUCGUCGGUGCCCGUCUGAUCUCCCACGCCGGUAGCUUGACCAACCUGUCCAAGUACCCCGCCUCCACCGUCCAGAUCCUCGGUGCCGAGAAGGCUCUUUUCCGUGCUUUGAAGACCAAGGGUAACACCCCCAAGUAUGGCCUCCUAUAUCACUCUUCUUUCAUUGGCCGGGCCGGUCCCAAGAACAAGGGUCGCAUUUCGCGUUUCCUUGCGAACAAGUGUUCCAUUGCUUCCCGUAUCGACAACUUCUCUGAGACUCCCACCACCAAGUUCGGAGAAGUCCUGAAGCAGCAGGUCGAGGAGCGUCUGGAGUUCUACUCUACUGGUGCUGCCCCCACCAAGAACGAGGUCGCCAUGAAAUCCGCCAUGGAUGCAGUGCUCGCUGGCAUUGACGUUGAUGUCGAUGAAAGCGAUGCGGAGAUGAAGGACGCCGACGCCGCCUCCGCCAAGAAGGAGAAGAAGGAGAAGAAGGAAAAGAAGGAGAAGAAGGAGAAGUCUGACAAGAGUGACAAGAAGAAAAAGCGCAAGUCCGAUGUCGGCGAGGGCGAGACCGAAAAGAAGAAGAAGCGCAAGCACGACACCGAUGCUGAGCCUUCGAAGAAGAAGCAGAAGGCAUAA